UUGUAGCCGUUGGGGAACCGUUGGGAAUCCGGUAUCCGAUGCGGACGGUAAAGCCGUUUGGGUUAGAGCGGCGCGGGUGUCCAGUCCGCGGAACAGGGAGAUCGUUGGCACCUUUGCUUUUUUAGGGGGACGGGGAUAGUUCGGUAAACUGAAUUGAGAAGCGGAUCCGAGGGAAGUUGAAAGCCGUCAAGCCCGUGCAGCUCUCCCGCUAGGAGGCGGCACGCGGGGGAUAGGGGCGCUGGAGUUUCCCCAGCUCUAGCUGAUCUUUCUCCACAGCCAUGGAGCCAGAGAGGGAAGGGACUGAGAGACACCCCAGGAAGGUCAGGAAAAGGAGGCAGGCCCCAAACAAGCUGGUCGGGGCGGCUGAGGCGAUGAAAGCCAGUUGGGAUCUCGAGGAGAGUCAGCCCGAGGCCAAGAAAGCCCGCUUAUCUACCAUUUUAUUUACUGACAACUGUGAAGUAACCCAUGACCAGCUAUGUGAAUUGCUGAAGUAUGCAGUUCUGGGCAAAUCCAAUGUUCCAAAACCCAGCUGGUGCCAGCUUUUUCAUCAAAACCACCUAAACAACGUAGUGGUUUUUGUUCUGCAGGGAAUGAGUCAGCUACACUUUUACAGGUUCUAUUUGGAGUUUGGAUGUCUUCGAAAAGCAUUCAGACAUAAAUUCCGCUUGCCUCCACCAUCAUCUGAUUUUCUAGCUGAUAUUGUUGGGCUACAAACAAAACAAAGAGCUGGAGAUCUGCCCAAGACAAUGGAAGGGCCUUUACCUUCUAAUGCAAAAGCCGUCAACCUUCAGAAUGACCCCAUCAUUCAAAAGUAUGGCUCUAAGAAAGUGGGCUUGACCAGAUGCCUUCUGACAAAAGAGGAAAUGAGAACGUUUCACUUUCCAUUACAAGGUUUUCCUGAGUGUGAAAACUUUUUACUUACCAAAUGUAAUGGUUCUAUAGCAGACAAUAGUCCUCUCUUUGGACUUGACUGUGAAAUGUGCCUCACAUCUAAGGGGAGAGAGCUAACACGCAUCUCACUGGUUGCUGAAGGAGGCUGCUGUGUUAUGGAUGAACUGGUCAAACCUGAAAACAAGAUUCUGGACUACCUCACCAGCUUUUCAGGAAUCACGAAGAAGAUUCUUAACCCAGUGACAACCAAACUCAAAGAUGUACAGAGGCAGUUAAAAGCACUGCUUCCUCCUGAUGCUGUGUUAGUGGGCCACUCCUUAGAUUUAGAUCUCAGAGCACUGAAAAUGAUACAUCCAUAUGUUAUUGAUACAUCAUUGCUUUAUGUCAGAGAGCAGGGCAGAAGAUUUAAGCUGAAGUUCUUAGCCAAAGCUAUUUUGGGGAAGGAUAUACAGUGUCCAGACAGACUUGGUCAUGAUGCCACAGAAGAUGCUAGAAUAAUCCUUGAAUUGGCUCAAUAUUUCCUUAAGUAUGGCCCAAAAAAGAUUGCAGAACUAAAUCUAGAAGCACUAGCUAAUCACCAAGAAAUACAAGCAACAGGCCGAGAGCCUAGAAACACAACAGAAGUACUUCAGCAUCCAAACACAAGUGUUUUAGAAUGCUUGGAUUCAGUGGGUCAGAAGCUUCUUUUUUUGACCCGGGAGAUAGAUGCUGGUGAACUUGCGUCUUCCAGAAACUGUCAAACUAUAAAGUGUAUUUCAAAUAAAGAGGUUCUUGAGCAGGCCAGAGUGGAAAUCCCCCUGUUUCCCUUCAGCAUUGUUCAGUUCUCUUUUAAGGCCUUUUCACCUAUCCUCACCGAGGAGAUGAACAAAAGGAUGAGGAUCAAGUGGACAGAGAUAUCAACUGUCUAUGCUGGGCCAUUUAGCAAAAAUUGCAAUCUCAGGUCUCUGAAGAGGCUAUUUAAGAGCUUUGGCCCAGUCCAGUCAAUGACUUUUGUUCUUGAAACCCGUCAGCCUCAUCUCUGUAUACAGUAUGAAGUCCUAGAAGCAGCCCAGCUGGCCAUAGAGUCCUUGGAUGGUAUUCUGGUAGAUGGUACCUGCAUCAAGGUGCAGAGGCCUGUGACAGAGCUCACGCUUGAUUGUGAGACCCUCGUGAAUGAGCUGGAAGGAGAUUCUGAAAACCAAGGCUCUAUAUAUCUGUUUGGAGUGAGUGAAACCUUCAAAGAACAGCUGUUGCAGGAGCCCCGCCUCUUUCUUGGCCUGGAAGCUGUGAUCUUGCCUAAAGAUCUUAAAAAUGGAAAGCAGAAAAAAUACUGUUUCCUAAAAUUCAAAAGUUUUGGCAGUGCCCAGCGUGCCCUCAACAUUCUCACAGGCAAGGACUGGAAGCUGAAAGGCAGGCAUGCUCUAACCCCCAGGCACCUUCAUGCCUGGCUCAGAGGCUUACCACCUGAAUCAAGAAGGCCCGCAGGACUUCGUGUUGUACCUCCCCCCUUUGAACAGGAGGCCUUGCAGACUCUGAAACUGGACCACCCAAAGACAGCAGCCUGGCGCUGGGGCCGGAAGAUUGGAAAGCUCUACAGCAGCUUGUGCCCAGGCACUCUCUGCCUCAUCCUGCUGCCAGGAACCAAGAGCACUCAUGGUUCACUCCCUGGCCUAGGACUGAUGGGAAUAAAAGAGGAAGAAGAAAGCACCAUCUCAGGCCUGUGAUCGUGAGUCGGCCUGCCAUGUUUUCAUGUGCCAUUUCUUACCCCUUGCAGGCAAUGGCAAAGAAUGUGGUCAGGCUGUAGUCUCUCCAACCAGCAGACAGCUUUUGUAGAAACUUGGUGUAGCAGCUAAAAGAGUUUAAUUUGUUUAUAUGGCAUGUAUAAGUUUUCAAUAAAUGCCUAAAGUUCAAGCAUAGUA